CGCAUCCAGAUGCCAGGCCCCAGCCUUGGAGAUUUGCUAAAGUUAUAUUCGAUUUUAAUAUACUUAAACGCAAUCAAUUAUUAAUGCGCUCGUUUCGGCUGCCUGUCGAAUCGAAUUCAAUUUGAUUUGCUUUUCGAUGUGAACUUGGGCUGUGGAUUUGGAUAUGGAUAUUUGGCUUCUGCGCCAUUUGCAAGAUCACCGAAAAAUAUCAAAUACAAAAUAUAUACAUAUCUAGAUAUAUUUAUAUGCACAUAUAAAAAGAAGGAGAAAAUCGAAAAAUUCUUGUUUACAAGCAAAUACAAGUGUGGAAUCUUACAAAAAUGUUGCCGCUGCGUUCCAUAUGCACAUGAUCCGCAUAGAUGAUCAUCCACAACACACAUGAACACUGUUUGCGAAUACCUCUAAUAUAUGCCCGACUUAUGUGUUAACAUAAAACAGAUGACGAGCGGCAGCUGUGACUGCCAAUCCAAUCCAAUCCAAUCCAAUCCGAACCGAUCAGAAACAAUCCAAUUCGAUUAUUGCCUACCCCCAACUGGAUACGGUUCUGGCUUCAUCUACGUACGUUACGUGCCAAAUGCCAAAUGGCUGACGUCAUUCCUGCUGCACUCGUCUGGCCUGCUGGCGAAGGGUUGGGGGCAAUUACAAUGGAUAUCAACGCUGUUGUUCAUGAUGCUGAUUCUUGAUAAGCGCAAUCAGCAAUUUACAGAUGCUGUAUGCCCUUAUCCACAUGCUGCUCAGUCCGGCUCCAUCGGUGGACCCAAGAUGACAAUAAUACGAGUGCUGAUCUUGUUGUCGGUGCUGUUCACAGCGCUGACACGUGACAGCCUGCUGUUGGCACUGCCAACGUCGACGACUUCAUCAGCAAGGUCCGCCCAAUCGUUGGCGAUUCUCCGUGCUCGGGAUGAGUGCUAUCGCAGCGAGAGAAUUGGUCCAGACCAGCGACUGGCGCUGGAACGGCAGCUGUACAGGAACUUACCGUAUGUGCACCGUUAUGUCUAUUGCUUCUGGACGCGUCUACAGUUAUGGCAAGAUGGCAUGGGCUUUGAUGCGAUGCGCAUUGUUGAGAGCUUCGGUGGCCCGCGACGGUUGAAUCUCGAGCAAACUGUGCCGGCCAUUAACAGCUGCAAUGCACAUGCUCGCCGCUCCACCCGGACCGUGCUUGACUGGUGCUAUGGCGCGUUUGUUUGUGUGCUGGGAACGCCAGUGGGGGAUUGGUAUCGUCGGCACAUGCAGGACGUAAUCAAUGGCAACGCUUAGCUUUAAUUUGCUCAGCUGGCUCCUUUCCCAGGGAGGUGGUUGGUCGUAGGAUCUACGUUGUUGGAUUGUUGAAUGUCUAUUGAAUAAUAAAAAGCAAAACACGUGC